AACGAUCAAUGGAUUAUGAUGAUUUAUUUCGUUUGUUGCCAAAACCACCCAAAAAAUGGAGUACCUAAGAGGUGCUAGUCUGGCUAAAAUAUAUUGGAUAUAGUUAACUGGAUACUUAUUUUGGUACGAAUGUAAAUUACAUUAUAGUGAAUGAAUGCGUUGAUGGUUCAUGUUUAGAGAUAUUAACAGAUCAAGAUCUAUUGGACAUAGGUAUCACUUCUGCAUUAUAAAGAAAGAAACUUUUGCAAUGUAAAUAUAAUAAAUAAUUGAAUACAGGGAUUCAAAUUGGUUUGAAAGAAUUUACAAAUUAUUGCAAAUCUCAUGCAAGAAAUGAUGUUGUUCCAAAAAUGGUUCAAACAUUUAUGGAAGUUCAAUAAAUUUCAUCACCAAGGGUUGAAAUUCCAUAACAAGAUAGACUACCUUUGAAAGUGAUUCAAGAUAGAAUAUUAUAAUCAAGACAUGAAUAUGACGCUGAAAUAGAGGAAAAAACAACACUGGGAUAGAUCCCUAUUGAACCUCUUCCAUCACCUGGAGGAAGACAAAAACAAUAAUUUAUCUUGCCUGCUCCAAAAUCUCAAUCGAAAAUAACCGAAGAAGACUUAGCAAAAUAAGUGUAAUAAAGCAAUAAAAAAGUGAGAAUAUUUUGUAAAUUAGAAUAUAUUUGCUGAAUUGUCGAAGCAAUAAAUUUAAAAGCCAAUUAUAAUGAGUCCAUAGAAAUAACAACAAUUACAAGAAUCUGAUUAUCAUUUACCUUAAUUUGGCACUCCUAAAUUUGAUAAACAAGAAAAGAAAGACCAUCAGGAACUACAUUAAAAUAAUUCACAAUAAUUAUUUCAAAUUUAAUCACCUAAGACACAAAACCAUUAAUUAAAUAUUAAAAUUAAGAAAGAAGGAAUACCUACCUAAAAAAAGUUAAUAACUAAGAAUGCUACUAUUGGAAGAAAUCCAGAAAAUGAUAUUCAAUUAAACCACGAAUCUGUGAGUAGGACUCAUGUUUGGGUACUUUUAUAUAAUUAUUCUUAUAGCUCACUUUUAAAGAAAAAUAAUUUUAUUUGUAAGAUAGAGGAAGCUUGAUAGGAACAUUUAUUCUCUUAGAAACUAAAACUUAAAUCAUGCAAGGCUAUAUCAUUUAAAUGGGGGCAACUGAAGUAGUUAUACAAAGUCUCCAAAAGAGUGGUCAAUGUAAAAUUAAAUUUAAUUUGUUUAAGAAUGCAAUAUUGUAUUGGCUUCAUAGAUGGGAUCUGUUUAAUUCACCUUGCCAAUUGGAAAAUCAAAAAUGAUAGGAUCCUAAACUUUUGGGGAUUAAGCGAUGGCAUAUGAUCAUGCAUUGUUAGAAUUCACUAGUGAAGGAUUGAGUAUUGAGGACCAGAAAACUUCUAGUGGGUAUUAUACUCAAUUGAAAUAUUAGGACUUGGAUGAGGUUAAGCAAAUCUGGUGUUUAAUCUCAAAGUGUACUAUUAAGUAGAAGGAGAGUCAUAAAAAUAGCAGAAUACAUUCUUAUAAUAGAACCAGAAUGA